CACAGCUCAGAAACAAAACCACAAAAUAAACUGACAUUUCUUUUCAUCUUCGCAAACGCAAAUGGCGGAUCUCUUUGUUAAUUUUCAUACGUGUAGUUUUUGGUGUAUUCCCCAAAAGGAAAAUAAAAAUAAAAUACCUAAUUAAAAUUUCAUUCAUAAAAAUCAAAAUAAUAUCCCUAAAGAACUUUCAAAUCAAGUGAAAAAUAUCAAAAGACUUUUCGUGUGGUGUUUUUCUAAAAACAAAAUAAAUACAAUUUGUAUAAUGUCAGCUACGCGCCUCAACGCAGCUGAAAAAGAUCUCGAAAAAUUCAUUAAAUUCUUGGCCAUUAAAUCCGUUCAAGUCGUCGUCCAAUCGCGAUUAGGAACUAAAAUCCAAACCCAAUGCAAUCCCCUUGCCACGGGCAACGAUUGGUUUAAUAUUGUUAUCGAAGAUUAUCCCGAUGUUUAUGCUGAAACAAAACAGGCCCUCAAUUUGGCUCCAGGUGAGACAAUAAUCAAUCGAUUGCCAGUUUGUGUAGAGAUUUCAUUGAGAACUGUCGACGGUGACCAGAUGGUCUUGGAAGUUUGGUCAUUGGAUCUUCAAUCGCCAGGUGAAAAUAAAACCGAGCAAGUGUUAAAAGUCGCCCAUCAAAUUUACAAUCGCAUGAGCAUUCUGUUGAAAUCAUUGAUUUCCCUCACGCGUGCCACACCCGCAUAUAAGCUAUCUCGCAGACAGUGCCCAGACUCGUAUCGGAUCUUCUAUAAGGUCUACGCUGAGGAAAAGCCCCAAGUUCAUGCGCUCGGGGAGGGUUAUAAGAACGUGAGAGUUGGUCAAUUGAAUACGAUUGUUGGAAAUCUCACAAUGUCGGUGGCAUAUCGCACCAAAAUGACAAUCUCGCCCACAACGCAACACUGUGACAGUGCCAUUAUGCUGAAGAGUGAUCAUUUCCUAAAGGAUCAAAGUCCCAAACACAUUCGCUAUCAUCACGUGAAGAAGGCGGGCGAGAAGAAAUUCAUCGACAUCGAUAAGCCUCUGCGGCCUGGUGCCUUUGUCGACCUCUCCAAAAUCAAGCAGUACACCGAGGACGACUUCAUCCUCCCCGAAACGCCUCCCUUCGAUUGGCUGAUUAAGAAGAACCGCACAGACAGCACUGGCAGCUCGGUGCAUGAGGAUCGAACCCAGUCGCCCUUGGGAAACAACAACAACAACGCAGACUUCAAGAACUACGAGCAACAACAAUCGCCCAUCAAGAGUCUAUUGGUGCCUGUGCCGUUGGACGACGAGAAGAGCAAGAAGCCCUCACGAACGGCUCUCCCGCCCGACGAUGAUAAUCUCUUAAAGGAGUUGAACUUCCCCUUCGCCAGCCCCACUUCGCAUGUCAACGAUUUGGCUAGGUUCUAUCGUGACUGCUAUCACGCUCCUCCCCUGCACUCGUACGAACUGACUGCGGCGACGGAAUCCCAAGGCGUCUCCUUGGAUCCUGUUGAAGAUCUUUCAAAACAGCUCGAGUUGUUCGAAACAUCAUUGGAGAACUACGAAAUCCUCGUGUCGCAGCUGGGCUGCUCAACGACGUCCUCCAAGAGCAGCAGCACGAAGAGCACCUAGACUAAGGAAGAAGGUAAAGAACAAAGAACAAGCAAACAUCAUAAUGAAGCAGGAGAGAAUCGCUGAUAUUGUUUAAGUAGUAUCGUUAAGAUAUCGCUUUCUAUUGACUAUUUUUCGAUGUAUUUAUCAUUAUAGAUAGGAAUAUUUUAUUAUAUAUUAUUAUUAUCAUAUACAUAAAAAUAUUAUAAUUAUUAUCGCGUUGAUUUUUUUUUACACUAAAGUAUUUUAAUGAACGUUAUUCGAAAAACAAAAAAUCUUAGGAAUCGAUUCGUGUAUAGACGCGCGGGGGGUUUACCAGAGCGAAAGAGGUGUGUCGGCAUCACCUCCCACUUUAAUAUUAAAACAAAGUCUAAUUAAAAUCUUAAGAUUUAAUAAUAGUUAAUUAGAUAACUUUAAAAAAUAAAACUCGAAAGAAAAACAACAAACCAAUUGUUUGAGACUUCACACUCAAAACAUUUACACCCAGAAAUGAUGUUUACUUAAUAAUAUAAAAUAAAUUAAUUAUUUGUUUUUUUUUUUGUAUUCGUUUAAAUAUUUAAGAUGAAAAUAAAAAAACAGUUUCUUUUUGUUUGCCAUUUUUAGAUUAGAUUUUGAUGAGGUUUAUUAUUUUUUGUAAUCAAAUCAACAUCAAAUGUAGCUACACACACCUAUUUUUGUUAUUUUUAUUCUUCUUAUUUUGUUUGUUUUUCUUGCGAUUUAGAUUUACUCAGAUUUUUAAGUUACAAAUAAUAUUUUUGUAAAAAAAAUAAAAUGAUAAAAAUUCAUGGCUAAAUUAACGAACGGCUUAGAAACAAAAAAUGAGAUUGUGUUUUCUUUUGGUAUUUCAGUUUGUUUUUUGUUUUUAUUUUAUUUUUUAGGUUGGACGUUUUGAAUUUUCUUGGGAUUUGUUGUUAAUUACAAAACAUUUCAGCUGACAUCACGUUUUCUGCAUUUAAAUUUCCGCAUUUUAUUUUGUUGUUUUUAUUUCUUUUUUGGUUUUCGUUAGUAACAGCAACACGUAAGUCAAGUUAAAUUAUUGCACUUGACUCUUGGGUUGUUUAUCUUUAUAAACACAACAACAACAACAAUAAUACAUUUUUAGUUAUUGUUGUUGUUGCUAGAGUGAAAAUAAAACGAGAAUGGUGGAAAAUAAAAUUAUUGAAUAAAUGUUUACAAUGAGCGAAUAAAUUUA